UGCAGUGCAGCAACCCAAAAUAAUACUUGGAAUUACUAAGUAAGAUUCCUUCAUUUGGAAGACAUGGGCUUCCUCUGCGGUACUUUCAGAGAGUGGGUUAGGAGUUAAAGAGGAAUAUGAAGAAAGAUAUAAAACAUGAAGGGACUCAAGGAAAACGCACUACAUACACAGAAGUUCAGUUACCUCAGCUUUCCUAUGAUAUGGCCUAACGUAUUGCAAAUGUUUCUUCCUAGAUGAGGAGCUCAGAUUGGCCCAUGACUGCUUCCUGGGGAAGCUGCCUACAGUGCAUGCUCCUCCAAGGUUUGCACUCAUGGUCCAGGCAAAAUCAGAGACCACUGAGUCUUGGUAUAAGAACCAUGCCUGACAUAGAGACUGCCACCAAUUUGUAUUGCAUCCAAAUCAGAACAGGCAAAAAAGCAUGUCUCUAGUUUCAGAAAGUAUAAAUAGAUCACAGAAGACCGAUUAUAGUGGAGACAGUAAACGUGCAACUUUUAUUUUCCCAAAUGUAUCACCGUUGCAAAGGAAAAUCACGGAAGGAUGCAGGGCGAUGGAGGCACAGGUUGGUGCCCAACACAUGCAGCCAUGGGCGGGGAGGUCACCGCCCAAGGGAUUGUGACUGACAUCAGCGAGAGAUGACUGUGAUCUCACUGACCCUCAUUUAUGAAUUCGGGUGUCGGCAGCAUCCAGCGUGGACUUGUGCCUAGCCUUCAGUCAAGCAGACCUGCAAGACUUGGAGUACUGACCGAGGACAUUCUCGUGUUGUGCUGUGGUGCUGUUGGCAUCAGUUCUUGGUGCCCCUCACCAGUGUUUCCCUGGCCCUGCCUGGCUCUGGCAGCCAGGGCUUCCUGAGGUACACGUGCAGCAGUGGAGUUUGAGACACUUGCCCACUGCCGUGCCAGAGAGGGGAGCAGCUUCUCCAUCUGAGCUCUCCCCAGUCCAUCUUGCAGCCCAGGACCAUGGAGGUGCCGUCCAACUGGAUCUGCCCCAUCUGUGGGAGGACUCAGGAUGACGCAGCCUACGUCACCCCCUGCCUCCACCAACUUUGCUAUGGCUGCGCAGUAUGGUGGGCCAACAAGAAGCCAAGCUGUGCCAUCUGUGGGCAGAACAUCAGGACCAUCCGAUUCUCAGUGAGAUCGGAGGAUGAUUACCUUGAGUGUCCCGUUCCUCAGCCCACACAACAUUCGGAUGAUGGCCUGCAGGAUGAGCAGCGGCCUGCAGAGCCGGCCUUCGUGGCCCCAGAGCACAACUUCCCCCCUGAGGUCUGGGCUGCCUUUUUCCGAGAACAUCCGGAAGACCACAGAGCCCUGCUCCGGUGGCUCCACCGAGAGUUCAGGAGGACCUCUGGGAACAAGUGGUGGGUCGUGCACACAAAGCAGAGCAUCGUGAUGGUGUUCCUCUGCAGGCUGGGGCUCGACGAAGAGGCUUUGCUGCAGGAGCUGCGGCAAUGUCUCAGAGGCCAAACAUUGAGCUUUGUGAGGAGGCUCAUUACCAUCGCUGCAGCCAUGUAUGGCCCAAAGAUCCACCAGCUGCAGGGCCUCCAGAACAACCCUGUGGACAGCCCCAGCCCCACCACCUCCCAUGAGGGGCCUUCUGCCUCCAGCCCCGACCGCUCUGCCAGCCCUGCCGGCCCAAGCACCAAGGAGCUCCCCAGUAUCCCUCGUGGGCAUCCCAGGCACCCCACCACAGAUAUUGUGUCCGCAGAGGAGGAGCCAGGGCAGACAGCAACAACGGGCCCCUCUGCCCAGUGCAGGGACGGCUCGCCUGGGAAGCUCCAGCACCCCUCAAAGAGGAAGGCCAGCAGCAGCCCCCAGGACUCAGCCCCGCCAAGCAAGAGGCGGCCCCGGAGGCAGCACUAGGCCGGCAUCCCACUGCCAGGCAGAGCACGACUCAGGUGGGCUGGGAGACUAACAUUCACUUCUCAGUGUGCUUCUGAGUAAAAAUUAAAAAAAAAAAUAAAAAAUUAAGAAAAUGUCUCUGUUAAUGACGAGGCAAAUGGGGUUGCUGUCUCUGCCCAUGCUGUUCGCUCCCUUUUCUGGUCCUGGGGAAAGCCACAGAAUCAUAUGUUCACUUCCACCAUCAGAAACCAGCCAGUCAUAUGCCCUAAUAAAACAAGCAUGGGUCCCAACACACACAAGAUGGACCUCAUGUUCUUCUAGUAAGAAUUCAAUCAUCAGGAUCCUCUCAUACUGCCGGCUUCAUGGCACAAAUAAUUACCUGCAGAAAAGUUGCAACUGUUGUUGUUGUUGUUGCUUCAAGAAAAAAAACUGAAUCAAGCUCCACAGAGAACAUAAAGCUAGUCUCAACACUGUUUCUGAAGAUUUAACCCUUAUAUUUGUUGGCUAAGUAAUAAGGUGACCAGCAGGAGGAUGGCAGGUAAGGAAUGCCACGUUACGCUACAGAAAAGCAAAGAGUUGGAGAAAAGGACCAGGGAAACAGAAAGUAGAGCAGCAGCAGCAGCAGCAGCAGCCCUCAAGUGGAUUUGAUUAAAAUAAUCUUCUGAGACUUUCUGUGUUUUGUUCUGUCACUGGUUUCUACACAUCCCUAAUGUUUCUAUGUGUGUAACACACAACAUAGCUGACAUAUACAAAGUCAGUGCCUGAAUUAUAUACAUUAUUUGGUUACAUCGUAUUUUUGUAACACAAAUAUUAAAAAAUGCCUUCUGGCCUCUUAGAUAAAUUAUCAUAGAAUCAUAGAAUCAUAGAACGGCCUGGGUUGAAAAGGACCACAAUGAUCAUCGAGUUUCAACCCCCCUGCUAUGUGCAGGGUCGCCAACCACUAGACCACUAACCAUGGUUACUGUAGGCAGUGAAAAAAGUUCCUGAUUAAGCAGGUAAGAAGUCCCAAAGAAAUGGUGCUUUUGUGUUUGCCUUGUCUGCCUGCCCCUACUUCUUGCUAAUGUGAUCCAGUUUUGACAGAGCUGCUGCAGUCUCAGAGAUGUAAGAGCAUCCUGAACAUAACAGGUAUGACCUGGUGAAGAAAGGACAGGUAUGGGGUAGGAGGACCCUGUGUGGUGUGUGGCUGGGAUACCAGGCUUGCGAGACAACCUGGAGCUGUAGUGCUAUGUGAAGAGGUGAAAGCUGACUUGGUGUCCCACUCACUGGAAAAUCUGUUGUUUUUAUAAUAUACAAUAAAGAGAGCUUUGGAACUAGGCCUGUGUCUGGACAAUCUGCUUCAUGACAUAUUUUCUUUUCCCUACUGCUUUAAAGCCUGCUAUAAAUUUUAGUGACUGCUGCAGUCUCCUCAAGAUCCUCCCAAGAUGACAGGAGAACAACAUGCUGAUCUCUAUGCUCAGACCCUCCUGAACAUGCCCAUAUACCAGUGUCAGAGGGAAAAGCAGAUGGUGUGAACUCGUUUAUACCAGAAUUACCCCACAUGAAGUCUCCUCAAAGGCUUCUCAGUAAGAUGGGCACAUCUCCAUCGCCUUUGUGUUACCUGAAAAGAACAAAGGAGCAGGAGCUAAUAUCUGGCUUCCAGAAU